AUGAUACGUGGUCUCGACGGUACAGCUCUACACUGGGAAUGGAGGCAUCCCAAGCUCGUCGUUUUCCCACUGGAUGAGAAACGCCUCGAUGCCAUCCGGAGCGACCUGGUGAAGUUCAUUGCUGAGCAAUUGAACCACGGCUGCAAACACGGGGCCAACAAGACACACCAGUUGACUCACUUAGCCUUCUUUCUGGCAAAUAUGCAGCCCAACGCUUUCCUGGAAGUCGCUCAAGAUCAUGGCUGGUGGCGCCCCCAGGUGCAGGGUAUUGAAAGUCAACUCGACCAACUGAUCAGCUUAGGCCACAAUGCACAGGCAAAGACGCUCCACCCCAUUCAAAUGGCUCUGGAUGCGGCCGCGAAAGUGCAUGAGUUGGGAACGGAGAUGCAGGCUGCCUAG